CGAGGUUCGAGCUAAAACUUUGUGCACGGUUGGAAAUCCAGUGGCGAAGCAAAAAUAAAAAAUAAUAAGAGAGAAACAAAGAAGAGGAAGGCAGUAGUAGCUGAAAGAAAAGCGACGACAACAACAAAAGCUGAUGAAUACGUGCGUUCGUGUGGGUGCCGUGCAUUCUGCGUACACAUUUACAAGCAUUCGUACGCUUAAAUUAAAUACUUUGGCUUAAUUAAAUACUUCCGCGGCGUCGUUGUCGUUGUUGUUGUUGAUAUUUUGCCUCUUCACGCGUUGUCUACGGUUAUCGAUUGUCGCCGUCUCGCUUCCCCGUACGCAGCGAGUUGUUGUUUGUUUGUUGUUUGUGUCUGUCGCUCUCUCUCUCCCCGUCUCCCUGUCAAACUCUCGCCGCCGUCGCGUUUUGUUUGUGUACUGAAAAGAGGCAGCAACAAAAUAAAAGCAAAAAGACUGCGAAUAAGCAUAAAUAAUAAACAACGAGACAAGUGCAAAAAGCGCAGCGAAAAGGCCAGCUGGUGAAUCCAACUCACAAGAACAUCCAGAGGAAACCGGAAAAUUUAUCACUCAAAUCACAAGUGCAAUAAAAAGUUGAAAGUGUUUUACACAGCGCCAAAGAAGGAAGUUGAAGCGAGGCGAAUAGUAAAUAAAUGAGAAGAAGAGCCCACAACAGCUACACCAUCAUAUAAACAACAACCCAAACAUCCCACAUUCAACACCAAUUACAAAGUAAACAUUUACAACUCAUUUCUCGCCCAGGAGAUUCGAGUGUGAUCCAUACAAAAGUAGAAAAAGAAAAAUAGAAGAAAAUACAAGAAAAAUCGCGCGCGCGUUUUUAAAAGCGUUAGUACCCAGAUCUCGAUCUUCGCGCGGCUUCGUCGCACGUCACUUGAAUAUAUCUUUCGCGCAACCACUGGGCUAAGGCCUCAAAAAUCCGCCAAAAUUCUACACCAACAAACUUUAAUCAGCCCCGAGAUUUCGCUCCAGUUCGCAACGGCGACCACAAUGCCCUACAACGGCGCUAGUAAUGGCAGUGGCGCCAGUGGCGCCGGCGGAGGGGGGGCCACCAUAGUCGUCACCGAGGGGCCGCAGAACAAAAAGAUCCGCACCGGAGUCCAGCAGCCCGGGGAAAAUGAUGUGCACAUGCAUGCUAGGUCCACACAACAACAGAACCAGCAGCAAGCACUUAUGAACAAGUCAAAUGACGACCUACGGAGAAAGCGUCCAGAGACUACACGGCCAAAUCACAUUCUACUCUUCACCAUCAUAAAUCCCUUCUAUCCCAUCACAGUUGAUGUCUUGCACAAAAUCUGUCAUCCACAUGGCCAAGUGCUGCGCAUUGUCAUAUUCAAAAAGAAUGGGGUCCAGGCCAUGGUUGAGUUCGAUAAUCUGGAUGCGGCCACAAGGGCGCGCGAGAAUCUGAAUGGAGCCGACAUCUAUGCCGGAUGUUGCACCCUGAAAAUCGAUUAUGCCAAGCCGGAGAAAUUGAAUGUGUACAAGAAUGAGCCCGAUACCAGCUGGGACUAUACGCUGAGCACAGUUAAGGAGAUUGGAAAUGGCCGCUCGCCAUUACUGCAGGAGCCUCUAUACGUAGCAACACUGCCAACACCACAACAACAUGUUCCACCGACACAUCACCACCAACACCACCAACUCCUUCAACAACAACAACAACAACAACAUGAACAGCAACAACAAGCACCACAACAACAACCACAACAACACCUUCACCACCACCAUCAACUAGUUGCCCCAGCUCAAUCGCACAAUCUUUGUCAAUUUAAAGAGCCACCGCUAUUGGGACCCGGAGCCGCGUUCCCGCCAUUCGGAGCCCCAGAAUAUCAUCCCACCACGCCGGAGAACUGGAAGGGCGCCGCCAUCCAUCCCACUGGGCUGAUGAAGGAGCCCGCCGGUGUUGUGCCCGGACGCAAUGCUCCGGUGGCCUUCACACCGCAAGGACAGGCUCAGGGCGCCGUCAUGAUGGUCUACGGCCUGGACCACGACACUUCCAACACGGAUAAGCUCUUCAAUUUGGUUUGCCUGUACGGCAACGUGGCACGGAUCAAGUUCUUGAAGACCAAAGAGGGCACAGCCAUGGUGCAAAUGGGCGACGCGGUGGCCGUUGAGCGUUGCGUGCAGCACCUGAACAACAUUCCCGUGGGCACUGGUGGCAAGAUACAGAUCGCAUUCUCCAAGCAGAACUUCCUAUCGGAGGUGAUCAACCCGUUCUUGCUGCCCGAUCACUCGCCCAGCUUCAAGGAGUACACCGGCUCCAAGAACAAUCGUUUCCUAUCGCCGGCCCAGGCCAGCAAGAAUCGCAUUCAACCACCGAGCAAGAUUUUGCACUUUUUCAACACACCGCCCGGCUUGACCGAGGACCAACUGAUUGGAAUCUUCAACAUCAAGGAUGUGCCCGCCACAUCGGUGCGCCUGUUCCCCUUGAAGACCGAGCGCUCGUCGUCGGGACUGAUCGAAUUUUCCAAUAUCUCGCAGGCAGUGCUGGCCAUCAUGAAGUGCAACCAUCUGCCUAUUGAGGGUAAAGGCACCAAGUUCCCAUUCAUCAUGAAGCUGUGCUUUUCCUCAUCCAAGAGCAUGAACGGAGCCUGGAACAAUGCGACCAGCGAGGGCAUGAUCGAGAAGGAGAACGAGGGUGACACCAAGGUGGACAUCUACAAUUGAGAUUUGAUUACGAUUGUGUAAGCAAAAGCAAACAACAACCGGCUUAACUAGAACACAAUACAGAACAAAACUGGAAGAGAGGGGUAUUGGUCGCCUACAACUACAUGCAAAAGACAACAGCAACAGCAAAUGCAGCAACAAAUGUGCCACCAACUGCAACAACUGCAACAACUGCAACCACUGGAGCUUCAACAAACGAUCGAUCCACCCACUUGAUGAUGGCUUACACAUUCGACAUGAAAAGCGGGAAUUUCAAAACAAAUUGAUUGCUAAAUCAACUAAACAAGAAACUAAACCAACAAAAUAUGAAUAAUGACAAAUGACAAAUGAAAGGAAAAACACACAAGAAAAACUAAUUACAAUUAAUUCAAUUAGGCGCAAACGCAUGUAACUUUUCUACGAGCCAUUUGCAUAGAUUUACUGAAUUCCACCAUAUAUCAAUUCAGCUAAUUAGUAUGACCGCCUAUGUACGAUAUGGCCUCGUUCAAAAGCCACACACACUUGAUGCACAUUACAUUACAUUGAAUUACAUGCGUUUGCGUUGCAACAACAAAAAAACAAGUAAAAAUAAUACAAAAAAAUUGAAUUGUUAUUAUUGUUAAAAUGAAGCAUUAGGACUUUCUCACACAACAGCAAAGAAGAAAAUGGAAUCACUCCAACCAAUUGUAAACUAUGUAAUGUUUAAUUGAUAAAAAACGACAAACUAAACCAAAAAUAAAUAAUUGUAAUUCAAAACACGAAAGCAUGUUAAAAUAACUCAAGAAAUUCCCUCCCUCCCUCCACUCGCUCCUCUACCCCAAAAUGCACGCAACUUCCACUUUGACCCCAUGUAACCCCAUACCCCUGUCAUAUACCCCUUACAAUCCCCACGGCAGACUUCUGUAUAGGUAAUGUAAUAUGAUUUUCAUUUGGAUACGAAAAUAUUAUUAGUGCAACAAAAGGAAACAUUUCUUUGGACAAUAUUUCGACAAGUAUUCGGGCGUGAGAAAAAGUCUUAAAAAAAAUAUUUAUUGAAAAAGGAAUAUUUGUGUAAAUUAAAACCAAAAAUUUAGCAAUUUUAAAUAAAAUUUAUUAGUUUUAGUUAUGCAAAAUCGAGCACUGCACCACGUUUAAGGCAGUUGAUCUAACAAGUUUUUUAUUUUAACGAAUGUAAAACGAGCAGAGGAAUGAAUUAAAAACUUGCACAAGCCAAUGUUUUUACUAUUAACAAAACAAGAAAAAGACAAGAUGGUAAACAUAAUUUUUGUGCUUAAUUUACAAAGUUGAAAAAGGCAUAAAUUUAUAUGUAUGAGAUGUAUUUGUAUUUAUAUUAAAAUUAAUUUUAAUUUACACUAAAUGUAAAAAGCAAAAUAACUAAAACAAAACAAAAUAUUAAAAAAAAAAUAACAAGCUAAGAUAAAAGAUGAAAAACUACAAGAUAAUUUAGUUAAGUGCAAAUCGAAAGAGCAUCUAGCUUAGUUAAAAAAAAAACAAACAAAAACAGCAUCGUUCAGACAUGCAGACAGAAGAAAACAUACAACAAAACAACAUAUUUUUGAGGCGUUUUAAAAUUGGAAGACAGAGCCAAACAUUUCAAAACUCCAAGUGAAGUUAGCAAAGCAAAGCUACUACUAAAGAUGGGUGAGGGCGUAUUGCAAAUGCGAAUAAAAGUAGACGAAAACAAAAGAAUUAAAGAUAUCAGCAAUAAAGCAACAGCAACAACACCAUAUCAAAGGCGUAUGUUAGAUUACCUAUAAUACAAGUAUAAACAUAAAUCGAGAUGAAAGAUGCAAGAUGCAAGAUUAUAAUGUAAACACCAUAAUCAAUGAGUUCACUUGAGUUGUAUCGUUUUAUUUUUAAGCACCAUCUGUCGGCAGCUCGAGUCCCAAAGAGAUCCGAGCUCGAAACUGCCCGCCAGAGGGCGUUGUUCUAAACUAAAACUACAUUUGUUUUUAAUGCAAAUCAACGAAUACACAAUACAUACAUAACAUAAUGCUAGGGCCGCUAAACGAAUUUUCUUCACACUUUGCGUAGUUCACAGCUCGACGAGAUUGUUGGGCCUUCACACGUAGAUCAUUUCAUUCAUUUGACUAUCAGUAAUACUAUGUGCAAUUUGGGCUUUAAACGAGACUUCGCUUGUUCUAUUUAAUUUAUUGCAGUUUUCAUUUCUCAUUUCGCUCACUAGUUUGUGUAAUUAUUUCAAGUGUCUUAGUUAUUAUGUAAAUUGUUUUGUAAUCCUUAAUUGUAAAAUAUUUUUCUAAAAAUUAAGUAUUAUUGUACUUAAUUUGUAUAAUUAACAUGAUUUAAUGUCGAAACGAGAAUUAAUUAUAAAGAAGCAAAUAAUCUCGUUACAAUCUUAAUGAUAAAUAUUCAUUUUUAAGAACGUAAAGCAACAACGAUCUUAAAGCUCCUAAUUAGAUCAUAAUCAGAUCAAUAAACAAAUUACUAUAAUACAAUAUUAUAUAAUAUAACAUAAAUAAUUACAAACUUGGUAGCUAUUUAAUUUACGAAUAUACAAAUUGUAAUCUGAAUUUUAUAUUGUUAAUAGUUUAUUCGACAUUUAACACAAUUUAUUUUGUGUUUAUUUUUCUUAAAUCUAAUUUUGUAUGAGUAAAAAUAGAAACAAGUAAAUAUAUUUAUAUAUUUAGCUGGUGAAAUCGUUUGGUACUUGCCUAAAAGGAGGCACGGCAAUGUCAGUUAAAUAUAUAAAAUUAUAAAUAUAUUUAUGCGUGUAUUUAUAUGAUUUGUUUUAUUUAAUAUUUAAAUUUUGUUGUUAUUUUUUAAAGCGUAUUUUUUAAGCCCAGAGUUUGUAACAUGCGCGCUCAUAUUUUGAUAUAAAUAUAUAUAUGUAAAAGAAUCUGGCAGUUGUAUUUUUAUUUUAUCACCAUCAGCUUUUUGUAUGUUCUAAUAGGAAUUGAAACAUGACAAAUAAUUUGCUUUUAAACUAUAGAAAACUCGCAAAGCAUUUAAAGCAAAGUAUAGUUAAAUAGCAUCCUUCAACGCACAUCCUUUUCUAUUCUUAUUUUCGGGUAUUGAGAACAGCGACUAUGGAAAAAUAAACCUAAACUAAAUUAUAUGCCAAAUAAUCUCUAGUGUUAUCCUGAAUUUUGAACAUAUCAAAAUUUUGAAGCAUUCAAAUUUAAGGCCCUAAGUUUUGAAAUUAUACAAUUUAGGCAUUACUAAUGUAAAUGUAAAAAAAUGAAAUACUAAAACCCGGAGCACUUUUCAAUAAGCAGCAAAACUGCAAACAGACAUAAUCCUUACAACCCUCUACGAAAACGCCAAUAAGAAUUGUAUGUAAGCAUAUAGAGCAAACAAAGAUGAAAAAUCGAAAAAAUAGAUAUGUAAGGUAUAAUUUAUAAUAAGUAAUUACUUUAAAGUAUUAUUUGAAAAAACAAUUUUAAAAAAUUUGAAAACUAGGACAAUUUUUUUACGUUUUUGCGCUUACGUUCCCAAAACUAAAUUUAGCAAGAAACUAAUCUCCUAGUAGCAAUUAUUUAACUAUAAUUUUAACGCAUUCGAAAUUAAAUAAAAGAAAAAUUAGUCAAAUUUCGUUACAAAAUUUUGUUGAAUUGAAACAAGAUUAUUUAAAGGUUGUCAAUAAGAAGAACUUGUUACGAAGGCCUUCCCAAACCGCUGGCUUUUUGCUAAUUGCAUGUCAUUUUGUGUAGCGAUUUAUUUAUUAUGAGUUCAUUUAAAUUACGUUUGCAAUUGCCUCGUAGUUUUCAACUCCAAAAAAAGAAUAAUGCUCAUGGGGUAAAAGGUAGGUGCUGUUUUUAAAGUAACAACUCACAAUUUUCUUGAACUUGUCCACCCAAACAAACAUUGGUUCGUUCGGAGUGCCAUUUUCCCAAUGGCAGGUCCAUAUAUUUUAAAUGUAUUUUCAAUGAAUUGAGUUUAGUUCGUUAGUCAAUUCGCCUAAUGACACCAACUACACAAAUGGACCAGUUUAUUCAAUACUGAAUUGACAACCACCAAGAAUCAAAUCAAAACAAAAUGAAAUUAUUAAAAUUUGUGAAACCGUCCAAUUAUGAAACAGCAACACUGAUGACACCACACACGAGUUGAAAACUGGGUACAUUACUACUUUAAAGUGGGAGAAACAGCGGAGCAAUGCUCUCCAGUUUCUGAAGUGUCUUUCACUGAGCUUUAGCCUUAUAUUGCAAACUUUUUGGAGCAAGGAUUUUUAGCGACACCAGCGAGUUUCCGUCUUCGGUUUGCGCUUUUCGACCUAUUUUACUUCCAUGCCGCUUGAACAUGCUUACCAGUUACGAGCCGCAUUCAGAUUGCUAAACACAUCUACGAUCCUGUGAGAGCUUUGGUUUGCUACUAUUGUUUUCUGUUUUUUAGUUGGAUACCCCGAGAGGCAAAUGAGAAACACUAAACAAAACAAGAACUUUGUACACCGAAACGAAUUCAUAAUAAUCUAGAAUGUGCAUGUGCAUAAUGAGAACAAAAGAAAGAAAUAACUAAAGGAUAAAGAAACCUAUGAAAACAAAUGAAUAAAAGAUGAAUAACUAAAACUAUAUUCUUAUAGGCUUAUAGUUUAUACUUACAUACACACAUACAAAUACUUAUAUACAUAAAUAUUUAUAUAUAAAUAUAUAUAUAUAUCAGAGAUCAUAACAUACAUAGUAAUACGACACUACAUCCACAUACAUAUAUACAUUCAAAUAUAGUUUUUAAUAAGUGAGGAGGUAGCGCGAGUCAAUUUUAAAAGCAAGAAAAUCUUAAACCAUGCAAAUCUUAAGCAAGAUGCGCAAAUAUUAACAAAGAAGUUACUUUGGCGUUAUUAGUAAUGCAAUUACAUGUAUGAGAAGCGAAUACUUACAUAAUUACACCACAAAUUACACCCACUACACAACAGACACAGACACCGACACAGACAAACAACCAGGAGACACAGACACAGACAUAGACAGACAAAGGACGAAGGAAAGUUUUUAGGGGCAAACGGACAACUGCAUAGUGUAGUCGUAUGCGUAAUUACUGGUGAUAAUUUUGAAAAAAAAAACUAAUACAAAUCAAAUAAUAUGAGUAAUUUUAACAUAAGCAAAUGCUAGCACGUUUGAAUUUCCAAUAGAUGUCUAUUAUGUAUUAGAAACCUAUAUAAAUAUAUAUUGACGAUUCCUUAUUACACACACACAUAAACACACACACCUUAAUGUCUUAGUGUGCAAGUAUGUAAAAAACAAAUAAAAAACCAUAAGAACAUGUAAGCCACAACGCAACGUAAACGAAAAUUGCAAGAAACGAAAUUCGAUUCGAAAUCAUUUCCCCCCACGAACAAGACGAGUAUUAGUGUGUUAGGCCUGGUAUUUAGCUGACAUUAUUUAGUUCCCCGACAUGCAGCAUAAGUAAACCCAUACACACACACACACACACACACACACACACACACACACAGCCAGAGGUCCGAUCAAGAACCUAUUCCUGGGAGCACCGCCGCCCGGCUGGGACCUAAGUAAUUUAUUAGCAAUUUAAAGCUCCCAGAUGCGAGCGGGUUGCCCUGCUCACAGUAAUUGCAUACUUUCAGGCUGCAAUUAGUUGGUGUAUGUGUGCUGGUGCUUAGGCCUUUUGAAUGCAGGAGUAUAUGCUCCGCAGGACCAGCAGUUUAUCAGCACUCCGAUGUGGCAGCCAUGACGAUUCCAUUUAUAACAAUAACCAACCGGUUGUAAGCCAUCGCAUACACACACACAGAGACACACUCGAGGACAGAGACACUACAGGAAACGCACACACUCACAUAAAGCCAAACCGCAGGGCAAUUGUGCAAUAUAAUUUGACUUGUGUUCGAUUAAAACACACACAGACACAGGCCACCCACCACCCACACCGUCAUCUAAUAAUAAUAGCUAUGUUAAUAUGCAAUUUAGUUGAAUUUUCGUUGAUCGGUUUAGUUUAGUUUAGUUAGUUCAGUCUUUAAUUUAGGGUUUGCUGUGUGGCGGAAAUGGGUUCUGAAUUUGACACCACACACAUACACUUGUUAAACUAAUCCACCGAAUAAAUACAAUCUCAUUAACUAAAUUUAAAUUUAAAUUUUAAAACAAGCCAAUUUCGCCGUUUCCGCCUUUAGCUUCGAAUUUCUCAUUGCGUUCGGGCAGCGGGUUAACAUUUAUUUUACACACCAAGGACGCGACUGUAUUGAACGCUGCGAGGUGUAGCAACUUAUGUGGAAUGUGGAUGGCAGUCGACUGUAGGGAUAUCGAAAAUCGAAUACCAAAUAGGGACAAAUUUAAAUCGAACUUUCUAAGUGUUUAGUUGAAGAGUCGUUAGCCAUUCGUAAUAUGCUAAUACAUAGGUGUAAUAAGCUAGUAAUGUGAAAACCGAAGACACACUACUCUUGCAUACAUAACACGCAUACACACACACAUACAUAAUUAUAUAGUAAGUACACGUAUGACAUACAUCAACACUCGUACAUAAACGCAUACAUAAUACUUACAUACAUAUGUAUAAGCCUAUGGAAUGCAACAUAAUCACAGCAAAGUCCUUUUGAUAACCGAUUUUUGACUAUGUACGAACUAAUUUUUAAAAUAAUUCUGCGUCGCAUUUACACACAGGCACACAGACAUAAUCAGCCAUAACCAGACAUAUAUAUACAUAUAUACGUUUAUAUCUAUAUAUACACACAUCAAUCUUAUCAGGCGAGGCAAACGCAUUAACAAACCGCAAAAAAAAACAAACGUAAAAAUAUCAUGUACUGCACAGCAAAUUUGCGUAAACAGGAAAAACAGUCGAACCAACUCACACACACACACACACGAACAAACACAAGUAAUGGACACAAUGAACAAAUUAUUAGAAACUAUUCAAAACUACUAUUUAUUAAAUGUUGUUAGCAUCAGAAAACCGAGAAUAAGCAAAUUAUGAAAUCGCUGUAGUGCAAAUGCAAAAAAAACUUAAGAACAAAGAAAAAUUGUAAAACCAUCAUUGAAACUUAUUUAUUUUUAAGCCAAACGUUGCGGCAAGCAAAAACACAGCGGAAAAUAACGAAAACCAAAAAUUUUUAAACAUUAACAGCCACUUCAACAAAACCACAACAAAAACAAACAGUACAUAAAAUACAAAUUCUUUGAUCUUAAACCAGAAACCCAAAAACGAAAACGAAAAACAAAUAAAUGAAAAACUUAAACUUAUACACAAAAGAAACUCGAA